AUUCGUGAUUACCAGGAGUAGAUUAUCAAUAAUCGCUGGCGUGGUUGGCUCUGGAUCCUUCGACUGGACAACUUCAGACAUAUAUUUCGACAAACAACCAUACAUCUCACGACUUGACAGGAAUUUGCUUCGCUUGUUGUUUCGACGAUCGUUCGUUGUCUUGAAACUACAUCGAAAGAAUAGCAUUCUUUGCGCAAUGACAGACCAAUUCGCAUACACAUACCCCUCACCAUUGGAGGGGUAUGAGAAUCUCGAACCACUCCCGGAAGAGAGAAACGACGACGGAAAGUCUUUCAAGAACCCGCAACAUGGGGUCUUGAGCAAGGCGUAUGAGGAAUUCCCGGAUCCUUUAUCCAAGGACCGACGGGGAGGGUUUGAUAUUCAUAUUUAUCAUUUUCAGAACAACCCCGACCAAGCAACCUACGCAAAAGCCCUCUGGGAACGAAUCCGCCGGGAAUUCCCCGAACUCCGUAUCUACACCUUCUUUGACCGCCCCGUAGGCCCUCACCCCGUCGCCAUGUUCGAAGUUAACCUCUUCACCCCCGCGCAGUUCGGCGCUUUCAUCCCAUGGCUGGUGAUUAAUCGCGGUCCGCUAAGUGCCCUGAUCCAUCCGAAUACGGUGGAUUCGGAAGAAGAGAGGAAUCAUACGCAGAGAGCGACGUGGUUGGGGGAAAGGAUUCCGUUGGAUUUGAGGCUGUUUAAGUUGAUGAAAGAGAGGGAGAAGAGGGAGGAGGAGAGGGAGAGGGAGAGGAAGGCUGCUGAGGGGAGGUUAUGGGUGGUUAAUAGUGUGCAGGGACAGGGGUAGUAUAGUAAAAUGAAU